GUUAUUUCAAAGCAAGUGGACCUGAUGUUCUGGGAAUAGAAUGAUUAUCAACUAAUGAAGUUCAGAAAUAAAAGCAUUUGUUUACUUACCUGCCUAUUUACUAAGACAUACUAAAUAAAUCAUGAUCAUUCAAGCUGAAGAUGAAAAAUACAAUUUUACAUCGGGUCAUAUUUUACUUUUUAAAAAUAACAAUAACUUUACUACGAUAGUUAUAUCAAUAAUACUAGGUUUGUUGAUUCUGGCAACAAUCAUUGGCAAUAUCUUUGUCAUCAGUGCUGUUUUAAUAGAUAAAAAUCUUCGAACUGUGAGAAAUUAUUUAGUUUUAUCAUUGGCAAUAGCCGAUUUGAUGGUUGCUUGUCUCGUAAUGCCCCUUAGUGCUGUUAAUGAAGUGAAUCAAGAAUGGACGUUAGGACCGGCGUUAUGUGAUAUUUGGACAUUUUGCGAUGUUUUAUGCUGUACCGCUUCUAUUCUUCACUUAUUAUCCAUUGCUGUAGACCGAUAUUGGUCAGUAACAAAUAUGGAUUAUGCAAGACAAAGAAAUGCUUGCCAAAUUUAUUUGAUGAUUUUAUUUGUGUGGAUUACAGCCAUUGUGAUAUCGGUAGCUCCAGUUUUUGGUUGGAAGGAUCCAGAUUUUAAAAAGCGUCUGGAAGAAGAUAAAAAAUGUUUAGUAAGCCAAGAUUUAGCUUAUCAAAUUUUUGCCACCUUUUCCAGCUUCUUCGUUCCAUUGAUAAUUAUCUUAAUAUUGUAUUGGAGAAUUUAUCAAGUAGCCCGAAAUAGAAUUCGCAGAAACCCACGUAACAAAGCCAUGUUUCUGAUUAAACUUCAGAGCAACAAACAAAUAACAGAGUGCGAAAUCAAUAAUAAAUUUGGUAAACUUUUAAUAUUAGCUAAAAGAGAAAAUAAAAAAUGUAAAGAGACUUCAGAUUUUAAACGUGAAAAAAAAGCUGCAAAAACUCUUGCGAUUAUAACAGGUGUAUUUGUAAUUUGUUGGUUCCCAUUUUUCGUCAUGGCUCUCGUCAUGCCUAUUUGUAGAUCAUGUCAACCAAAUGAUUACAUUUUCAGUUUCCUUCUAUGGCUGGGUUAUGCUAACAGCAUGCUAAAUCCUAUCAUUUAUACAAUAUUCAGUCCAGAUUUCAGACAAGCUUUUAAAAGGUUAUUUAGAUUAACCUAAAAAUAUUUUCUAAAAGAAACAAAAAUAAAAUUUUUCAUAGACUAUAUAU